AUGCCGAAAGUGGGCAUUCUGACCGUGAGUGACUCGGUGAGUCAGGGCCAGUCAGUGGAUAGAUCCGGUCCCAUCCUCAAAGACCUCGUUCAAGACAACGCUGACUGGACCGUGAUGGAACAGAAGUGCCUUCCAGAUGAGAAUGAUCAGAUCCAAGCUUGUCUUUUAGCUUGGAGCUCGCCGCCUCUGGGUUUGGAUCUUAUCUUGACCACAGGAGGUACGGGCUUUGGUCCACGUGAUGUGACCCCCGAGGCCACAGAGGCGAUUCUAGAGAAGAAAGCCCCCGGUUUGGUCCACCGAAUGAUGUCACAAUCCCUAGAGGUGACACCCAUGGCCAUGUUGUCCCGUCUAAGUGCGGGCUCCCGGGGUCAAUCCUUGAUUAUCAAUUUCCCUGGGAGUCCCAAGGCUUGUCGGCAAUGCUUCAGAUUCGUCUUGCCCGCUCUUGGGCACGCCAUGGAUUUGCUGUCCGGACGAAUUGAUCAGGUUCGACAACUCCAUGGUCAAAUGCAUGGACUCGCCACAGUGUCAGGCUGUGGUCAUGCUUGCGCUAAACCUGCCAAUGGACCCCCUGAGUCUACUGGUGUGGUGGGACGACCCCGAAAGUCGCCUUAUCCCAUGAUUGAAGUGAGUCAGGCGCAGGCUUUGGUGAUGGCCAAUUGCGCGGUGCUGGAGGUGGUCGAGAGUGAUUUCAUGGAUCCCAUGGCUCAUGUUUUGGCUGAAGAUAUUCGGGCUGUGGAUGCUUUGCCACCUUUCAGGGCUUCCAUCAAGGACGGAUACGCCGUAGUCGCUUCGGAUGGGAAAGGAAAAAGAAAAGUCAUCGGCGGAAUCACGGCUGGUGCCCAAGAGGAAGCCUCCAUUUCCCCCGGGAGAUGCAUGCGAAUCAACACGGGCGCUCCUAUUCCCAAGGGAGCAGAUGCCGUGGUUCAAGUGGAAGACACAUUACUAAGCCAAGCUUCCGCAGAUGGAGAAGAAGAACUCGAGAUUGAGAUCCUUACCAUGCCGCAAAUAGGCCAAGACAUCCGUCCCAUUGGAUCGGAUAUUCAAUCCGGAUCCACAGUGUUGAACAAGUACGCCGUGCUCUCGGCCGCAGAGCGUGGCUUACUAGCCACAGUGGGCGUGACCCGCGUCCAAACGUUUCGAAAUCCCGUUGUUAGCCUCCUUUCUACCGGCAACGAGCUCCAAGAUCCCUCUGACCGUCAGCCCUUAAAACCGGGCUUCAUCCGGGAUAGCAACAAAUCGACCUUGACGGCACUUCUUCGAGAACACCGAUUCGAGUGCUUCGAUGCCGGUAUUGCCAUUGACGAUCCGGAGGUGCUGGAAGCCAAGCUCAAAUUAGCCCUAGAACACGGGGAUAUCGUGGUCACUACGGGGAGUGUGUCCAUGGGAGAUAGGGACAUCUUGCGACAAGUUUUGGUAUCCAAAUUCGGGGCCCAGAUCCAUUUCGCACGGGUGAACAUGAAGCCCGGCAAGCCAACUACGUUCGCCACCUUGGAGUAUCUGGGAAAAACCAAGCGGGUUUUAGGAUUACCCGGUAAUCCGGUUUCGGCCACAGUGACCGCUCAACUUUACCUUCUACCCGCUUGCCGUCAAAUGGCGGGUUAUUUAAAUCCGGUUCCGGCGACGGUGCGGGCUCAGUUGAGCCAGGAUUUACCCUUGGAUCCGAGACCCGAGUACCAUCGAGCCGUGAUUCGUUGGGACAGAGGUCAGGCCGUGGCCAUGGCAAGCACCACGGGCAAUCAGAUCAGUUCAAGGCUGUUGAGCUUGCAUGCGGCCAAUGCGUUGUUGAUGUUCCCCAUGAGAUCGGAGGAGCGCAACACUUUAAAGGCUGGAGAAGAGGUGGACGCCUUGAUCAUUGGACAACUCAUAGCGUAGGUUGUGAUCUCGCAACCAUUAUUUUUUUAAAGAAGUCAUCCGAAGUAGAGCUUAGAUUUGAAUAAAUUUGAUUUUAACAACCA